GUCGUUGUCAUUAAUAAAGAUGUUGAAAUAUCAACGAUUUAAUAGAGAAUUACCUAAAAAUAAAAAUUAUUAUAAACAAUUAUCUUUGCUAUUGUCUUUCAGUUGUUUAUCUUGGUUCGGUUUUAUAAAAUAUUCAAAUAAUCAAGAAAGGUUGAAUAGUUCAAUAGUUAAAGAAUUAAUUAGACAAUCUAAAUUCCAUCCUACUACAAGAGAUGUUUUAGGUAGAGAUAUUAGAUUAUAUCCUAAUCACUGGUUUUUAUUAGGUGGUCUACUAGGGAAUACAUACGUCAAUGGCGAGAUUUCAAUGAUGAAGGGUAAAAUUGAUAUAAGUUUAGAUUUAAAAGGUUCAAUUGAUCAAGGUAAAAUUUAUUUCACUUCAAUUAGGAAUUCAAAACAUGAAAAAUUUCAAAUCUUACGUUUCAAGUUGAUUGAUAACCACAACAAUCAUUAUAAUUUAAUUCAAGAUUCAUCAAUAAAAGACUUUGAACAAAUUGAUUAAUUCAAACAUUCCUGUAUUGUUCUUAAUAAUUUAUUGAUAUCCCCUCUGAUCUGAUCAUUAACGACUGUUUCACCCAUGUGCCCAACUCUGAAGUAUUCAUCCUUUACUUGCUUAUGUAAUCCACCUCCAACUACAAUUCCACUUUUAGCUAUUUUUGGUAAUAAUUCACUACCUUUAACUCCUUCAGGAUACAUAAUAGUUGUCAUUCCAUUGGCUUCGUAACGUUCUUCAUUAACAAGUUGUUUCAAUCCCCAACUUUGUAUCUCUUUUUUGAAGUAUUUUGAUAUCUUUUUGUGUUCUUCAAACCUUUUUUCUAAACUGCAGUCUUUAUUUCUCAACAUGGACUUUAAUGUAGUAUUCAAGGCAAAUACCAGUUGAACUGGAGGAGUUGCAAAGUAUGCUGGCUUAUUCUCUUCAUAUGCUUUCAUGACAGGUAUCCAUCUCUUCCAGUUAACAUAAUAUCCGCUGGCAGGUGUCUUUCUGUUUUCAUGAAUGCUAAUCGCACGCUCUGAUGCCCAAACUAAUGAUAAUCCUGGUGGAGCACCGAUACCUUUUUGUGAUGCGCUAAUUAGUACCUUUAUUGUUGAAUUAACUUAGAAAACGAAAAGUCACCAUUUUGACUUACAUCGAUACCCCACUCGUCAAAUUUGAUCAGCUCUGAUGCAACACUACAUACACCGUCUAAUACAACUAAUGCAUUCGGUUGAGAUUUUCUAAUAACUCUAGCUAUACCCUUUGCAUCGCUAAGAACUCCAGUUGAUGUAUCAACAUGGGUUAUUGUUACCAUUUUAUACUUCUUUUCUUUUAAUGUCUCUCUAAUUUUAUCGAGUGGUACUGAUUUACCAAUUUCAGAAUUCAAGUGAUCAACAUUUGCACCAUAUACGCUUAAGCAAUUACCAAGUUCGUCACCGAAGUAUCCUGUAUUUAUAACCAGUGCAUUAUCACCAAUUUCUAUUAAGUUUGACGCUGCUUGAUCCCAACCCAAUGUUCCACUGCCAGAUAUAAUGAAAGGUUGAGCUGAUUUACUAUAAACUAAUUCUUUUAAUAAUUUAAGCGAUUCUCCAAAAACUUGAACAAAUGAAGGUGAUACAUGCGAG